CUUUCCAAAUACUGGCGACAACGCUACGAUCUCUUCUCUGAGUGGGAAAUGGGCAUGCUAUUGGAUACGGAAGCGUGGUACUCGACAACUCCAAUAAUUAUAGCCGACCAUCAAGCUAGAUUGUGCGUCGAAUGUUUCCAGCGAAAGCGGCGUUCAGACUUGCCCCCCGUAGUCUUGGACGCUUUCUGCGGUGUGGGUGGGAACUCAAUUGCCUUCGCUAAAGUCGGGUGUAAAGUAUUGGCGUGCGACAUCGAUAGCGAAAAGUUGAAAAUG